AUGUCCUUCCCAUACAAGCACUUCCUCCUCAUCGGUGCAACCUCAGGCAUCGGCAAAGCAAUGGCCGACCGCCUCAUCCAAAGCGGCGCCAAAGUAACAGCAGUAGGAAGGCGUCAAGACCGACUAGACGAGUUCGUGCGUCAACACGGCGAAGACAAAGCGAGUGCAAUCAACUUCGACAUCGGCAAAACAGAACAAGCGCCUCAGUUCGCCAAAGACGCAUUCACAAAGUACCCAGAUAUCGACUGUGUUUUUCUCAAUGCAGGCGUGCAACGGCGCUACAACCUGACGAGCCAGGAGACAUUCAAGCUGGACGAGUUCCUCAAUGAAGUCCAUGUCGAUUUCACGAGUAUUGUGACUCUUGCUCAUGCUUUCUUACCUUAUCUUACGGCGAAGACGGAGCCUGUUAGCUUUAUUUUUACCGGCACAAACCUCGCCAUUGUCCCGGCUUGCCCAAUGCCGGCUUAUUCGGCCGCGAAAGCGGCGCUGAAUGCAUUCAUUCUUUGUUUCAGGGAGCAACUCAAGUCGACGAAUGUCAAGGUGAUUGAGUUGUCUCCUCCCGCUGUGCAGAGCGAACUCCACGACUACAUGACACCUGAGGUGGGACGUAAGGUCGGCAUGCCAUUGGAUCAAUUCAUCGACGAGGCAUUUGGUGAGCUCCAGGCUGGUAAGGAUCAGGUUGUAGUUGGCAGUAUCGCAGACGAGAAGAUGUUCUAUGAGGUCCUCAACAAGCGACGGGAUUUGUUUGAGAUUUUGUCGAAAACCCCGAUUCAUUCCAACCGACCCAUACGGUAUAAAGCGAAAAUGUCCCCGAUCCCUAUCACUAUCGUGACCGGCUUCCUGGGCUCAGGAAAAACCACCCUCCUCCUUAACCUUAUCCCCCAACUCCCACAGAACUACCGUCUGGCCCUUUUGAAAAAUGAAUUCGGCGACGUUGCGAUCGACUCCCAACUAGCCUCGACACAAUCCAUCUCCGGCGUCCGCGAACUCCUGAACGGGUGCAUCUGCUGUAACCUCGUCGGCCAACUCAGUGAUGCGCUGAACCAGCUCCGUGAGGAGGUCAAACCGGAUCGCAUCGUGAUCGAGACCAGUGGGAGCGCGUUCCCUGCGACGUUAGCGAUGGAGGUGAACCGGUUGGAGCGCGAACAGCCGGGCAGCUUUGUGCUGGAUGGUGUGAUCAGCGUGAUUGAUGUGGAGAACUGGGAGGGAUAUGAAGAUACAUCGUAUACGGCAAAAUUGCAGGCAAAGUACACGGAUUUGAUCAUUUUCAACAAGUGGGAGAAGGUGUCGGAGAGGCGAUUCGAUCUUUGUCUGGAUCGCGUGGGAGAUCUGGAGGUGCAAACGCCGUAUGUGAAGUCGGACAAGGGAAAGGUGGACAAGGAUGUGCUGUUGGGGAUUGAUGGGGCUUUGUUUGCGAAGGAUGAUGGGGCUGGGCUUACCGACGGGCAUCAUGAUCAUGACCAUGAUCAUGGACAUAAGCAUGAUCAUCAGUCCGAGGUGGAGGUGCUUUCUGUCACGCUGAAGUCCUCCCAGCCUGAGCAGACAGUUGAUGUAUCUGCCCUAGAGCAGUUGCUGCUCUCUGCGCCCAAGGAUGAAGUCUAUCGGAUUAAAGGUAUCAUGCGUUGCUCUACACAAUCGCCCCCGGCUGAAUCGUCGGAUGCCCUGGCCGAACCCAGACCCGCUGCGUCCCAGGAGGGAACGAUCAGGCAUUAUAUCCUCAACUGGGCCUUUGGUCGUUGGACCUUCACACCCUCCGAAGUUGUUGCAGAAACGGCUGACCCAGGCGUGGCUGCUCGCAUCACAUUCAUUUUGGCCCGGUACGAGUCCGGAAAAUGGAAGAAGAAGCUGGAAGCCGGUGGCUUGGUCCAGAUUGGAGAGGGAAAUGAAGGGCCGGGGCUGGUUGUUGAGCGACUUGUCUAG